AUGCCGACCCACCCAGCACCGACCAUCUCACCCUGUUUGGGUAAAGUGGGAGUCAGCUCUUCCAGCCCCGUUGUCGCAGCUUCGUUACCAGCCCCGUCCCAGGCCAGACACUCACCUGUCAGUGAGGGGGAGAUCUUCAGGCUUCCAGGCAGGCUGAGAAUCCAGCCCUCACUGUGGAGCAAGGACGACGUGAUCCACUGGCUAAGAUGGGCUGAGAAAGAGUAUUCCCUUCGGCAAGCGGACGAAAGCAAGUUUGAAAUGAACGGCAAAGCUCUGUGCAUCCUCACCAAGGAUGACUUCAGAUACCGAGCUCCGAGCUCAGGUGAUGUGUUAUAUGAAAUACUCCAGUACAUAAAAACUCAAAGAAGAGCACUGGUGUGCAGCCCUUUGCUCAACUCACCCUUCAGGGAGGCCAGGAGCACAGGGGAAGGGACAGACGGCAGUGCUGAGGCUGCCCCAGCUGCUGUUUCCUCCUGCCUGGGUUGUGCAGCACAGCCUGUGUCCCGCAGCCACGCGGAGCCACUCAACCUCUCCCAUCACAGCUCGGAGGGCAGCUGCAGGGCAGACGCCGCCUGCUCGCUUCCUACAGCCCUGUCGGCCCCAGUGGAUGGGAAAAUUGCAGACUGCAGGUUGCUGUGGGAUUACGUGUACCAGCUCCUUUCCGACAGCCGCUAUGAGCCUUACAUCAAGUGGCAAGACAAGGAAGCCAAGGUCUUCCGGAUCGUUAACCCAAAUGGACUUGCCCAGCUCUGGGGGAACCACAAGAACAGGAUGAACAUGACAUAUGAAAAGAUGUCACGAGCGCUCAGACAUUACUACAAACUCAACAUUAUUAAAAAGGAGCCGGGGCAGAAGCUGUUGUUCAGGUUUUUGAAGACUCCUGGGGAGAUCUUCCAUGAGAAAUCCAGCAAACUGGAGCAGCUGGAGAACGAGGACCAUGAGGACUUGAAAGAAGACCCACUGGAGGUUUCCGUAGGAAAUCUUGGAGGUGGCACUUGCAGUGCAUCACAGACAGAUCUGUGCUCCGCUGGGAAGUGUUCAAACUUGGGGUAG